AAAUAAUGUGUAUUUCUAAUAUUUCUAUUACUAUUAAGGUUUUGAAUUGCAUUUAUACAAUCAUUUUAUGGGAAAAUAGGAACAAUGUUUGUUUAAGAACAGCAAUGCUUAUAAGUUAAUGGAUGUCUUCAUUUGUGGAAUAUGUCAAGAAGAGUUCCAUGAUAUUGAAAAAUUUGUAGAUCACAAAAAAACCUUAGGUACAAUAACCUGUGAUGAAUGUAAAACUCAUUUCCACACACAAGAUAAAUGGAACCAACAUGUCCUUGAAAAACACCAGCACCAGCUGGAUUUUGAGAAAGAGGCCAUUUCAUUAAAUCCUGGUGUUCAGGCUGAACCUAAGCAACCAGAAAACCAAACAGUUGAGGAAGAAAGAACAACAGGAAGUGUAAUUCAAGAUGCAGUUGAAACAUGUGUUACAGGCUUGACUGUAGAAGAGCUAGAAGGAGUAACUUUUUUGCCUGAUCCUAAUGGAAACAUCACUCUCAUGGGGAAUAUACAGAUAGUUCAGCCAGGCAGUAAUGAAUCUGAAGUUCUAGCUCUUACACAGUGUCCUUCUCAGGAAGGCCUUGAGAAUGGAACAAGUCAGAUGAUCUUGACUCUACCAGAACAGUGCACAGCUAUAUCCAGUAAUGUUAGUUUAUCCAGAAAUCCAACUAUGUCCUUGGAGAGCUUUACCACUCUUAAUUCUGGCAAUGAAGUAAUGACCCUAGAAGAAGAGAAUCCAAACAGAUCUUUAAUAACAACUGCUAGCUGUGCAGAAGUGAAGGGAAAUUUCCAAUCAAUUAAAAACAACCAGCCAGGAGAUAUCUUUGCCUGCUCUAUUUGUCAUUGCUUUUCUCUUUGUGAAAAAGAAAUUAUUAAACACCUUCAGGAUAUUCAUAAUGAGUUGGUAACAUCUGGUAGUCCUGAGUCAUUGCAGUUCAUAUCUAGGCUCGCUCCUCUAGCAUGCAGUAAUGCAAGUGUGACACAAGUAGAUGUUGAUUCGGGAACAAAGGUGAGAGAAAAGCUGUCCUUCACACCAGUUGACACAACAAGCUCCGUAAACACUACAAGUGUCCGUCUGUAUUUGGAACCAUUUAGUGAAUCAUCUCAAACACAAGAUGGGCCACCAGUUAAAAGAAGAAGAGGAAGGCCUCGCAAAAGUGAACAACAAAAAUCAACAGACUUAUUGCAACCAACACAAUCAGAAAAGUCCCCUGAUCCUCCAGCACCUCCACAACCUGGUCCAGAUGGACGUUACUCUUGUACCAAGUGUCAAAGGUCUUUUACUAAGGAGCGUCACCUUUUGGGACAUAAGUGUCUUGGUGUGGGAGAUUAUAUUGAUCCUUUAGUGAAAAUUGAAGAAAAAGAAGAUAAUAAAGAAAAAACAACUGGUCCAAAUGAUCUUCUAGCAGGAAAUGAUGAAGUUUGUAAAGAAGAAGAUGAUGAUGAAGUUGAUACAGACUUGACUGCAGAUUUUACCAUUUCUUCAGUUAUUGACAACCCUCCAUGGUCCAGAGGAGGAAAUCGAAAAAGAGGUCGUGGUCGAGGAAGAGGCAGGAGCAAUAGAAGAAGAAUUAAUAGGGAAUUCAUGACUGAAAAAUGCAUUCUUGAAACAGAAAAUGAGGAACAAACACAUUUGUCCCACUUUUCAUCCAUUCUUGUUGAAGAUCCUAUGGCAGUCGAUGAAAAGCCUAAAAGAAAUUGGCGAGAGGACCCUUUCCAUGUACCUAUUUUCAAUUCUAAAGAAGAACAAGCAGAAUUUGAAGAGAAGGUGAAUGCUGUUGACCUCAGUUGUGUUGAUGACAUGUUUGUAAGACAUGAGGUAUCACAAGAAGUUAACACUGAGUUAACUGGACGACCCAAGCGAAGAGAAAAUAAUGAGCUCAUUGUUUUCUCAUGCAAUGUUUGCAAGAAGGUAAUUAAGUCUCUCUCGCACAUUCGUCUACAUUGUGUCACUCACACGAAUUUGAAGCCAUUCAAGUGUCUGCAGUGCCCAUCAGCCUUCAAUGCUAAAGGAAAUCUCUAUACCCAUAUGAGAAAACAUACAGGAAACUACUUCAGAUGUCCAAAAUGUGACUUUUACAGCUGUAAUCGUAGUCACUUAGCAGAGCACGAGGCGAUCCACAAUAAUACCCGUUACAAAUGUAAGCUCUGCCAUAAUGAUUACAACACCAUCAAGUCAUUAAUAAAUCACAUCAGAAAAUACCACCAAGGGCCAUCAGGCAAGCAAUAUUUAGCACUGUUUCAAACUCAAGCUGAUCGUAACAUGUCUGUUCUGCACGUUUGUAACAUCUGUAACAGGAAAUUCAAGAAGAAAAUUGAUAGAGAUAGGCAUCUUUAUGUUCAUGACAUUAGAGAUAAUACCAGUUUUAUGCAGUGCUCACUUUGUGACUACAUUGCUUCAAGACGAUCCUAUCUAGAAAAUCAUCAUCGCAAGCAUCGGAUAGUAUAUGUUUGUUCUGUAUGUGAAUCUAUGUUUUUGAGUUCUGUUCUCCUGAAAAAUCACUUUAGUCAUCACAAAUUAGAUAGCCAGUGUAACGAUAAGACUUACUUAAAUCCACAACAUCCUCAAGAUCAAGAAACAACAAAAGAGUCACAACAAGUGACUCAGACUUUGGACCAAUUGUUUGAAGAGUCCAUUAACAAAAGCUGGUACCUACCUGAGCCUCGGGGAUCUAUUGCACAGAAUCAGUAUGUCAAUAUUCCACUAGAACUUUGUGAAGAUGACAACCAGGUAACAGCUGUCACAGAAGGUGAUAGAAAGCCAUCUUUCAGUCUCCAUGUAUCAUUAAAUUACAAGCUGCUGACAACAGAUCUUUACAGUAAAAUUCAGGAAGCAUUUGGAAAGGUGGAGUGCCAGCACUGUGGUAAACUCUUUCAUACAGUCAUGGACCUGGAUCCUCACUUACUAACUCAUGAGGAAAAUAAGCCCUUCAAGUGCACCAAGUGUUCCUACAGUGCAGUAUCAAAGGACUGUUUAAAACGACACCAAGAAACGGUUCAUGAAAAGAUGCCUUUCCCUUGUGAGUUUUGUGAAUUUGUUGCACCAUCUCGCACCUCUCUCUGGCACCACCGACAGAAACACCUAAUCUCUCAGAGCAAGUGUCCAGUCUGUGAUACAGAGUUCCAGAAUUUUCGUCUUCUCAAGUCACAUGUUAUUUUGAAGCAUCCAGGGAUGGAUAGAAAUGAGCUAAGAAAGCUCCUGGGGACAAACAAAAAAGUGACUGGUCGUUUAGGUCGACGUUCUUACAAGUGCCCUUACUGUGAUCGCAUCUUUCACCGUUCAAGCACAGAUCUACAGAAACAUAUGUGGAUCCAUGAAGGAAUUAAACCUUACAAAUGUACACUCUGUUCUCAUGAGAGUCGCAGCAAAAACAAUCUCAGGGUGCACAUGUUGCGUCACACAGAGGAGAAAUCUCACUUGUGUGAAGAAUGUGGAAAGUCUUAUAAAUCUAAGACUGCUUUAAGGACCCAUCUUAAGAUACACACACAAGGAAAUAUCUUCACAUGUGACCGCUGUGAUUAUAGUGCCUCUCAGAAAAGUCAUCUGUGGAGACACAUGGAGACCCAUGAUGUGGUGCGCCAGUAUGCUUGUGAACAUUGUGAUUACUCCUCCAACACAGUUGGUUAUAUGAAGGCUCACUAUAGUAGACACCACAAGGGGGCAAUAUAUAAUGAAAAUUCCAGUUUUUCCACACCAGAGAUAUUAGAAAAUCAAGAACAAGUCUUCAAGUGUGUUAGUUGUUCUUACAUUUUUGGGAAUAUAUCAGACUUGAAACGUCAUUUGCGGGUACGCCACGGACUUUCUGUGGAUAAAGUGGAAUUUACAGUUAGUGAAGAACCUCUGCAAGUAACACUGAAUAAUAAUCCUGAACUCCAAACCCAUGCAGACUCUAAUGAAGUCAUGCCUGAAGAGUCUUCAGUGCCUCGGCAUGUUCAAAUGGUUGAGUGUGAGCAGCCUGCAUAUGGUGAAGAGGAACAGAAACUCCACUUGAACCUACCAGAUGGAGAAUUGGAUGAAAGAACAGCUUCUGCUCUUCAUAUUAUUCAACAGGUUUUCCAGCAGGGGGCACUAAACUCCCACGUUACAGUGGAAGCUGUUGAUGGAGAAAAUUUGGUCACUCUAAAUCCAGACACUAUUAUUGUUCAGAAUGGCGAUGGAGAGCUAGUGUUUAAUGGAGACACGGGUGGUCAGUAUGUUAUUCAGUAUGUGACUGAUUUGUCUCAGAUGUGUGAAGACAACUUUAUUGUCACACAAGGAAAUAGCAAGAGUGACUCUAUAUCUCAUACUAAUGUUGCUCCCGACUCUUGUGAACUCUAUACCUCCAUAUCUGAUGAAAACAAAGGUUUCUCAGAACUACAGUCACAAGCUUUCACUGUAGCAGAAAAUACAUAGUCAUUUUUUUGUUUUACUAUUUGUGAGAAAUGGUAGACCCAAGGCAUCUUUUAGAAAAAUUCCUACAGAUAUAAAUCUAUAAACAAUGAAUUGAAAUAAUGUACAGAUGGAGGUAAGAUUGCACAUCAAAACGUUCUUCCAGCAAGUGUAAUUUUCCCACAAGACUGGUGUUCACUGUGAAUAUGUAUAACAGUAUAUAUGUAUAUACAUAUAUAUAUCAUCAGAUGUCUUUUUUGUUUUUUUUAAGCUGAGAGAUAAUCUGAUGACUAAAAAGUUAAAGUUAAUAAUUGUACAGCUAACACAAUUGUAUGUACAUACUGCAUAGAGAUUAACAUACAACCGUUCAUGUUUUGUUUCAGGAAGUAAGGAAU